AUGAAGUUCUCUGCAAAACCUCUUAGAAGGGCAGCCAAAUGGGUACGCUCCACCUCCGACACAUUGAUUGCCAAGCAUCCUACCAGGAGGUCCAAAAGGACUGCAUCAGUGACCUCUCCAUCCUCGCAAGCUAAUUCGACGACCUUUGAGCCUUCGCUCCGUGAAAUGCCUCUGAACCCUGAGCCAUUUGUAGUUCCCGAUGGCUUUGUUAAGGAUGGUGUUCAGCUAUCAUUCCCCCCCAGUCGAGAUCGAUAUCUACCAGCCAUCUUCUCCGUUCCUUCACAUCCUCGUAUACCUGAAGACGUUCGCUCAGAAAUCAACCGCAUCCUUAUUAUACCCUGGCCUGCAAACAAUCCAUCAUACAACAAGUUUUUCUUUCACUAUGUCAAAGAGAAUGUGAAGAUUCCAGGUGGUCCAAAUGCCACUAUCCCUCUUACUGGUUCAGGAGAACCAUUGGACGAUAUAUUUGAAGGAGCUGUGGUCUCCCCCUACCUCAGGGAUCCAAAUAGUAAUCUUGGUAAAAUGAUGCUCAAUCUCCGUGAUCUGACAUUAGGCACAAGGGAAGAACGUACACAACUUGGCCGCACCCAUUUUGAAAAAUGCUCCAAACGAGCUAUUCCAGUAGGAGGGGAAGGUUCUUGUUAUUCUGUUGGAUUAAGCCAUCAGAAGCCCAGAAAUUUGGCUGGUCCUUCAGCAGGAGGAAAGGUCAGGGGGAAAAUCAGUGAGGAGGAGCAAGAACAUGUUGAAAUACGGGAAAAUUUGGUCAAAACUGCCAUCCGAAUAGGCGUGGAUAUCUUCAAGCGACUCUUGCCCCAAGAGUACAAGGUCCUUGAAAACAAUGCAGAAUUACACAAUGUUCCUCGAAUUGGCACUGAUGACAAUGUCUGCUUUACUGGAGUCCAAUACAAUGUUGCAAAACCACAACCUGAAGAAGACAAGCCUACUUGUAUCAAAACACUAUUUUUCUUUGGAGGUGUUCAUAUUGAUCAAGCUGAUUCCAAUGGCGGUAGGACAAAAAUACUUUCUGCUCCAGAUCUUCCUGAAGGCUGGGAAGGGGGGCGUUUCCACCUUGUGGAAUUUGGUUUAUACGUUGAGUUGGAUGGAUUGAUUAUUGCAAACUUUAGUGGCUUACACCUUCAUGGUGGUACUCCACCAUUGGCACCUACUGGUGCUGAAAUUCCUGCCUGGGCAUACCGUUCUGUGGUUGUGCUUUAUCCUCAAGGUCCUAUAUUAGAUGGACGGGUGGUAAUGAAUAUUUCAGCUGAUGAAGAUGGUGUCCCUAUGCAAUUAACACCAAAGAUGAGAAAUUUAACUUCACAACCCCCAAUUGCUGAAAUUGAAUAUGAAGAACUAUCACCUGAAGAUAAGGUCCAGAAUCUGGCCAUUGAAGAAAUUGCACUUUCUGCGAGGGAGAUCAACUUUGUGGAUGAUGGUCAUAUUAUAAUGACACCUCAAGCUGAGGCAGACUUUCUUGCUCGAGCUUUCUAUGAAUUUCUCCGGUACCAUCAAAUCCGCAGUGGAAUGACAGCUCCUGGGGAUUUUGAAACCUUCCGCCACACUUGGUCAAUUAAACGGAACGAUUGCAUUUACUAUCCACGUCCUUGGCCUUUAUGCCCUGAUGGAUCAGGAUGGAGUGAAUCUCUCACAAGUACAGGAGUACCUGGGCCACGUUUCAACCAUAUUCCAUCGAAGCAGAAUGAUGCACUACGUAUCAAACAGAAGAAAAUUGCUGCAAAUAGUCGAAGGGGUUUACGGUCCCAGAAAGGACCCGGCGUUUCUGAUAUAUCCAGUGCUGCUCAACAUGCACUGCAGAAAAGAAAACAUGGAAGUGACAACAAGAAGAACAAAUCCAACAACAAAAUUCAAAGAAUGACAGAAGCUGUUGUGGACAAUAUAGAUGAUGAAGGUAACAAGGAUGAUGAUAAAGAAUUUUCUGUCAAACGAUUUAUUUCACAUCGUCUCUCCAACAAUCCCAAGCAUCCUGGCUAUGAAUACUUGAUUGAGUGGGAGCAAGAUAGCUCGGAAACAUGGGUUCAUGAAAGUCUUAUUAGCCAAGGACAGAUGUACAAUAAUUAUCGUCAAAAGGCAUUCACUAAAAUUACAGAGGUCUCUUCAGAAAGCAAUUCCAUGGGUAGGAAGCGGGUGUAUCAUAUGUAUCUGGAUUUUGAUGGCAUGGACAACUUUAACUGUCCUUCCAAUGUGGCCCAUCAACCACCAAGAGAAGAUGAAGGUUUUGCAAGGAGUGGUUUACCGGGCCAGAACAAUGAUACCAGUAGCAUUCCGGAUCCCCCUCUUGAUGGAAGUUUCAGAGGACUCAAUAACAUGCACAAUCCAAACCCUUGA